UUUAUCCAGCGCGCCGGCCCCGUCACCGGUGGCGACCCACCCCCGUCCCGCCGCGUCGCCCAAUAGCCACCGGCCACCCAGCCGAAUCACCACCGCCCGCCGACCGAGCCGACGUGUUCCGCGGCCGACCUCACCGCGCAGCCUCCCCUUCCCCGAGUCGCCGUCCUCCUCCCAUCCCCACGCCACGCCACCAACCAACCUCCCCCCUCCCUACUAAACCCGCCCGACCGCCAUGCUCCUCCUCAGAUCCCACCACCUCCUCCUCCCCCACGCCGCCCGCAUCCUCGCCCGCCGCGCGCCGCCCCUGCCCCGCACCGCCGCCGCCGCCGCCCGCCUCCGCCCGCUCCGGAUGUCGGCCUCCAACCACUCCGGCGCCGGCGCCAGCUCCACCUCCGCCCCCUCGCCGCCGCCGGCCCCUGCGGUGCCCAAGUCGAGGAUCCCUUUCUGCCCAGCUUGUGGAAGUCCGACGAAAUUGGCCGUACCAGACGGGGAUGAGAAGAUGAGGGCUGUCUGUUCUUCUUGUGGGAGAGUGCACUACGAGAACCCCAAAAUGGUUGUCGGUUGCCUUGUGGAGCAUGAUAACAAGGUCCUCCUUUGCAGAAGAAAGAUUGAACCGGCUUAUGGCCUUUGGACUCUUCCUGCUGGUUAUUUGGAAGUCGGAGAGUCUGCAGCAGAAGGAGCCUCAAGGGAAACGUUGGAAGAAGCUUGUGCAGAUGUAGAGAUAGUCUCACCUUUUGCUCAGUUGGAUAUUCCGCUAAUUGGCCAAAGUUACAUUAUUUUCCGAGCAAGAAUGAAGACCCCCUGUUUCUCACCUGGAUCCGAGUCGCUAGAAUGUGCACUUUUUGCUUUGGAUGAUAUACCAUUCGAUUCUCUGGCAUUUUCUUCAAUCAUCGUCACUUUGAGAAUGUAUAUUGAAGAUGUCAAGGCUGGGAACAUCAAAUUCCAUUAUUGCACAAUAAACAAGAGGAUCGGGGCCGGCCCUUCGGAUCUCCGUAGCUUUGAUAUCGACAACCAUUUAGCCGUAUGAGCUUGGGAAGGUUUGAGACCCGUCGUGGUACAUAAUGUGAUUGCUCUUGUUAAACACCAGCCUCAAGACAUCGGCACAGCAAUCACAUUUGUCGUCGAUAGAGCUGGUCAUGGGUGGGGGGGCCUUUGGUCAUCGCAUGGCAUCUGGCCACAUUUGUGGUAGAUUGUUUAAGCUGCUGCCGGAAUUGUAAAUGCUUGUGUUUCUCGAAGUCCCUUUUCAGCCCUUUUUCCUUUUCCUUUUCAAAGGAUGUCUCGAGUGACUCAAUAGAUGGUGCAUUUAGAUUUUUGUCAGCUUACCCAAAAGAUUUGUGUCGCGAGUGUCAUGGCAAUUUGAAACUAAAUUCUGUAAUUGUUUUUCCGACUGUUCCUGUAAACUCUUCAGUUACAAUGUGUGGGAAAUAUACUGUGAUACCAUGAUGUAUUACAUGGUACCAUGCCACAAAAAAAUAAAUUUGGAUGUUUCAGAAAA